AUGCCGACGGCGACUAGUGGGUCCCGGUUGCCCACGCAAGCGCCCUCAUCGGAGCGUUCGGAGAGAAAAAAGAAGAGGAGGAGGAGGAGGAGAUCCAUCAAAGCAGGGGAGGAAACCUCGACCGAGGACGCCGUUACGAGGAUCAGCGAGGACGAGGAGAAGGAGACGAAGAAGAAGAGGGAGGAUGAGGACGAGGAGGUGGUCUCCUCCGCGCCCAGCUCUCCACUCUACGAACCCCGCCUCCCCGAAGACGAUCCGGAUCCUCCGCCGGAGUUAAUCGAGGCCUUCGAGCGUGCACAAAGCAACUACGAAAUAAAAAGGGACCGCCAUGAGGACUUGGUCACGAUAGAAUACUGCAGAUCUUCGCACAUGUUUUUCAAUCCGGAGCUUCUCCCUGUCGCUGAACCUGCAACAAAGGCAGUGCUUUUGGCUGCCAGAUUUGUUGUUGGGCUUUCCUCCUCCUUUGACGGGGCAAGAAAAAGGUGCUCUGGAUUCUGGAUUGACUGGAACGAGGAGAACAAAACCGGCAUUGUUUUGACAACCGCGCAUUUAUUUAGCUCAAAGGGGUGUUCUAUUGAACAAAAGGGAGAGGGAGUUGAAGAAGAGUAUGCUGCUUAUGGCGAGGUGAAGUAUUAUCCUGAUGCCAAGGUUACUGUUCACCUGCCGGAUGGAUCCGCUACAGUUGGCCACCUGAUCUACCACCAGGAGCAGUAUGAUCUUGGUUUUUUUAGAGUUAGAGUGGAUCAAUCGGUUCAGUUACCAUCUUUUAAUGAUGGAGUAAAAUGGGGUCAACUCGUCUUCUGGCUUGGAAGAGAUGCCAAGUUCAAUCUAACAAUGACCCAUCUUAGGCCGGGAUAUAUGAAUCCGCACAUAUAUGAACGACCUCAUUACAUGUUCUUUCCGGGCAAAGAACAUAUUAUUAAGUAUGACAACGGGGGGCCGAUCAUUGACUUGGAUGCAAAGAUCGUCGGAAUGAUCAACUGUCAUAGGAGCGGGUCUUUUAUACCUUCUUCUGUUUUGCUCAAGUGCUUGGAUUUGUGGAAGGAAUUCGGAUGCAUCCCUCGCCCCCAGCUUGGAUUAGCGUUUUCUGGUACUAAAAGGAUCACAAGCAGAGGAAAUUGGAAUCCGAAGAGGUGAUAUUAUUGAAUGUUUUAAUGGACAGUGCAUUUCUACUACAGUUCAGCUGGAGAACUUGUUGCUGAGCCUAUGCAAAUCAGCUGGAAAUGGCCAUGAUUCCAAAAUCCAUGUUUCACUUGCGGUGUUCCAUGUACGCAAGCUUCGCCGGAAGAUAAGGAAGUUCAGUGUAGGUGUAUCUGAGCAUCGGGAAUUUAUUGGCAGAGCUUAUAAACCUGUCACUCUUGACUGAAGAAGGGACUUGUGCUGCUUCGGCGUCAACCUGACCAAGUUGAUCUACGUGAACUAUGUGUGAUAGAUAGAUGAUAUUUUAACUUGUAAGAAUUAGCUACUUCUGUAAUGGAAGGGUGAGCAUCUCAAGGAAGUAAGAAGCAACUGCUAUAAAACAAACGAGCACAACGUGGCAGUUUGUCCACCUACGACAGAGCUUGUUCUGCAUGCAUUAGAAGCCCUAGUGAAGCAGGUCAUGAAACUCAAGCCAAUGGAUGCUGCCAAGAUACCAAAGGGCCACGAGCAGACCAAGCUCAAUGUAUAUAGUCAGUUUCUGUG